UUGCAGUGAUAGAAGAUAGACACCCAGGAGAUUUUGCCUUUCGCCAUGGCUCAGUUUGGAGGACAGAAGAAUCCCCCUUGGGCUACUCAGUUUACAGCCACUGCAGUAUCUCAGCCAGCUGCUCUUGGUGUACAGCAGCCAUCGCUGCUUGGAGCCUCUCCUACAAUAUACACGCAGCAGACAGCAUUGGCAGCGGCAGGCCUAACUACUCAAACACCAACAAACUAUCAGCUAACUCAGACAGCUGCUUUACAGCAGCAAGCUGCAGCUGCAGCAGCUGCGUUACAGCAGCAAUAUUCACAACCUCAGCAGACUCUCUAUAGUGUACAGCAACAGUUGCAGCAACCUCAGCAGACCCUUUUAACUCAGCCAGCUGUUGCGUUACCUACCAGUCUUAGCCUGUCUACUCCUCAGCCGGCAGCCCAGAUAACUGUUUCUUAUCCAGCACCCCGGUCAAGUCAGCAGCAAACCCAGCCACAAAAGCAGCGUGUCUUCACUGGGGUAGUUACUAAACUACAUGAUACAUUUGGUUUUGUGGAUGAAGAUGUCUUUUUUCAACUUAGUGCUGUAAAAGGAAAGACACCUCAGGUGGGUGACAGAGUUUUGGUAGAAGCUACUUACAAUCCUAAUAUGCCAUUCAAAUGGAAUGCACAAAGGAUCCAGACACUUCCAAAUCAGAACCAGACUCAAGCUCAGCCGUUACUGAAGACACCUCCGGCAGUUCUUCAGCCCGUCGCGCAGCAGACUGCAUUCAGUGUUCAGGCACAGCACCGGUGCUCGUUCAGUGCACAGAGUGGUUUGCUACAGCCCCCUGUUCGUCUAGUUUCACAGCCUCAACCAGCUCGAAGAUUAGACCCGCCAUCCAGAUUUUCCGGGAGGAAUGACAGAGGAGGAGACCCUAUGCCAAACCGAAAAGAUGACAGGAGUCGUGAAAGAGAACGAGAGAGACGCAGGUCCCGGGAAAGAUCACCGCAGAGAAAACGCUCCAGAGAGAGAUCGCCUAGACGAGAGAGGGAGAGGUCACCUCGAAGACCGCGACGUGUCGUUCCUCGUUACACGGUUCAGUUUUCCAAAUUUUCGUUGGACUGCCGUAGCUGUGAUAUGAUGGAGCUGAGGAGGCGUUACCAGAACUUGUAUAUCCCAAGCGAUUUCUUUGAUGCUCAGUUUACAUGGGUGGAUGCUUUUCCUAUGUCUAGACCAUUUCAGCUGGGAAACUACUGUAAUUUCUACGUAAUGCAUAGAGAAGUAGAUCCUAUAGAUAAAAACGCUGCAGUCCUUGAUCCACCAGAUGCUGAUCAUCUGUACAGUGCGAAGGUGAUGUUGAUGGCUAGUCCUAGUAUGGAAGAUCUCUAUCACAAGUCAUGCGCUCUGGCUGAAGAUCCUCAAGAACUUCGUGAUGGAUUUCAGCAUCCUGCUAGACUUGUAAAGUUUUUAGUGGGUAUGAAAGGCAAAGAUGAAGCUAUGGCUAUUGGAGGACACUGGUCCCCAUCACUGGAUGGACCUGAUCCAGAGAAGGACCCUUCCGUGCUGAUAAAGACGGCUAUUCGCUGUUGCAAGGCUCUUACAGGGAUUGACUUAAGUGUGUGCACGCAAUGGUACCGUUUUGCAGAGAUUCGCUACCAUCGCCCUGAGGAGACCCACAAGGGGCGUACAGUUCCAGCUCAUGUGGAGACAGUGGUUUUAUUUUUCCCGGAUGUUUGGCAUUGCCUUCCCACCCGCUCAGAGUGGGAAACCCUCUCCCGAGGAUACAAGCAGCAGCUGGUCGAGAAGCUUCAGGGUGAACGCAAGGAGGCUGAUGGAGAACAGGACGAAGAGGAAAAGGAUGAUGGGGAAGCUAAAGAGAUCUCUACACCUACACACUGGUCUAAACUGGAUCCAAAAACAAUGAAGGUAAAUGAUCUUCGCAAAGAAUUAGAGAGUCGAACCCUUAGCUCUAAAGGACUGAAAUCUCAGUUGAUAGCUCGACUGACAAAGCAGCUGAAAGUAGAGGAACAAAAAGAAGAGCAAAAGGAGCUAGAGAAGUCUGAGAAGGAAGAGGAAGAGGAGGAGGAUAGGAAAUCUGAAGAUGACAAAGAGGAAGAGGAAAGAAAACGUCAAGAAGAAAUGGAACGUCAGCGACGGGAGAGACGAUAUAUCUUGCCUGAUGAACCAGCAAUCAUUGUACAUCCUAACUGGGCAGCAAAGAGUGGGAAGUUUGACUGUAGCAUUAUGUCUCUUAGUGUUCUUCUGGACUAUAGAUUAGAAGAUAAUAAAGAACAUUCCUUUGAGGUAUCAUUGUUUGCAGAACUCUUCAAUGAAAUGCUUCAGAGAGAUUUUGGUGUCAGAAUUUACAAAGCACUGAUUUCACUCCCAGAGAGGGAGGACAAAAAAGACAAAAAAAGCAAAAAGGAUGAGAGAAAAGAAAAAAAAGAAGAAAAAGAUGAUGAAACAGAUGAUCCAAAACCUAAGAGGAGAAAAUCUGGAGAUGAUAAAGACAAAAAAGAAGACAGAGACGAAAAGAAGAGGGAAGAUAAAAGGAAAGAUGAUUCUAAAGAUGAAGAAGAAACUGAAGAUGACAAUAACCAAGAAGAAUAUGAUCCGAUGGAGGCAGAAGAUGCUGAAGACGAAGAUGAAGACCGGGAUGAAGAGGAAAUGAACAAACGAGAGGACAGGAGAGAGGGAAAUAGGCAUUGUAAAGAGAGGUCAUCUAAAGAUAAAGAGAAAGACAAGACACAGAUGGUGACUGUUAAUAGGGAUCUUCUGAUGGCUUUUGUUUAUUUUGAUCAAAGUCAUUGUGGAUAUCUUCUGGAGAAGGACAUGGAGGAGAUACUGUACACUCUUGGACUACACCUGUCACGUGCUCAGGUCAAGAAGCUACUUAAUAAAGUAGUGCUUCGAGAAUCUUGCUUUUACAGAAGACUAACAGAUACUUCUAAAGAUGAAGAAAAUCAAGAGGAGUCUGAAGAGCUACAGGAAGAUAUGCUAGGAAACAGAUUACUGUUACCAUCACCUACCAUAAAGCAAGAAUCAAAAGCCAUAGAAGAAAACGUCGGCCUCAUUGUAUACAAUGGAGCUAUGGUGGAUGUUGGGAGCCUUUUACAGAAGCUGGAGAAGAGUGAAAGAGUGCGGGCAGAGAUAGAACAAAAGCUGCAGUUACUAGAAGAAAAAACAGAUGAAGAUGAAAAGACCAUACUACAACUGGAGAAUUCUAACAAAAGCCUAUCUACGGAGCUCAAAGAGGUGAAGAAGGACCUUGGCCAACUGCAAGAAAAUUUGAAGAUCUCGGAUGAUAAAAAUUUGAAGUUUGAGAGUCAGCUGAAUAAGACAAUAAAAAAUUUAGCUACUGUUAUGGAUGAAAUACAGAGUGUUCUUAAACAGGAUAUUGUGAAGAAUGAAGAUAAAGAUCAGAAGUCCAAAGAAAAUGGAGCAAACGUAUGAUAAAACUGCUGCUGUUCAGAAGAAUGGUGUUACAUAAUGUAAUAUAAAUCAUGAUACCAGAAUGUAUGGGAAGUGAUGCAUGUUUGAUUUUAGUAGUAUAAAUAUCUUAGUUCCAAAAGAUGUAUAAAGUUUUAUGAAUGUGAGUGUCAGCUUCUGAAGAUUGCUUGUAAUUCUUAGCAUUCAAUCUGAGACACUCCUCGAGUGAAAAUAAUUUUGCAUUGCAAAAUGUUUUAGGAUGAACUUUGUUAUAGUUUUAGCCCUAAUAAAGUUCAUCAACAUAACAAACAGUAGCAAGUAUUUAAUUACCGAAUAUUUUUCAUUAAAGUCUAGUGAAAUCAAAAUUUUCAUUAUUUAUAGAAUUGCCAUUUUUAGGUUUUUAUUUUUAUUUCGGUCUAAUUAGUCUUUUUAAAUUCAAAUAUAAAUCACAAAAUAGCAUGCUGCUUAAUUUUGCAAGUAAAGUUGUUUUGGUUUUUUUUUAAAAAAGCUUCUUGGAUUUUUUUUUCUACUUGUCACAACUUUCUUUUCCCUUCCAAAUGUAACUUUUUUCCCCCAGAGCUGCUUGUAUUAAAGCCUCAUAGUAU